AUGAUCAAGGAAGUCACCAACUCAGCUCCAGCUUCUAUCUUUGCAAUGGCAGAAGCAAGGAGAAGAGCCAAGGAGUCACCUACACCAAUGAGGAAGAGAGAAGCUCACAACAAGGAACAAGAGGAAGAGAAGAAGAAGGAGGAGGAGCCACACACACCCUCCACUAAGGGAGCUUUAAAGAGCUUCUUCACCUGCAAACACCACCACCACCAAGAGCACAGUAAGAGGAUUGGGUGCUCAGGGUCCAUUUGCAAGCUGAGGGACAUGGAGAGACCAGAGGCUGCUGCUGUUGCUCCUCAAGGUGAGCCAUGCAAAAGAAGGGGGCCUUCAAAUGGUGAAGGGGCCAAGAACAGCAGCAGGAAGAAGCAGCAGCAGCCUCUGAGUGAGUUGAAUGGAGUGGUGGUCUCCAACUCAUUUUCUUCUCACUCUUCUGCCUCUGUGACUGCUGCUGCCGCUGCCGCUUCCUCUGCUUCCUCUUCCUCCAUUGGGGGGUCUUUUAGGAGGAUGCCCUUGAGGAGGUUCUCUGGCUGCUAUGAGUGCCAGAUGGUGGUGGAUCCUGUGAGCAUGUUGUCUAGGGACUCCUCCCUCAGGGCCACCAUCUGUUCUUGCCCUGACUGUGGAGAGAUCUUUGUCAAAGCUGAGAGUUUGGAGAUUCAUCAAGCAGUGAGACAUGCAGUAUCGGAAUUGGGACCUGAAGACACCAGCAGGAACAUAGUGGAGAUCAUCUUCCAAUCGAGUUGGCUGAAGAAGCAAACCCCCCUCUGCAAGAUAGACAGGAUCCUGAAAGUCCACAACACCACCCGAACAGUCACAAGGUUCGAAGACUACCGCGACUCGAUCAAGAUGAAGGCGAACAAACUCCCGAAGAGGCACCCGCGGUGCACCGCAGAUGGGAACGAGCUCCUCCGCUUCCACUGCACCACCUUCAUGUGCUCUGUUGGCCUGGAUGGAGCCACCAACCUGUGCACCUCCAUUCCCCACUGCAACCUGUGCAGCAUCAUGAAGAAUGGGUUCAAGAAAGACUGCCAAGGGAGGAUUCAGACCAUGGCAACCAGCGGAAGGGCUCACGAUGUGGCCGGGAUCACACCGGAGCAGAAGAGCGCAAUGUUGGUGUGCAGAGUGGUUGCAGGGAGAGUGAAGAGGAAGCAGGAUGAAGUCGAGGAGUACGAUUCAUUGGCCGGAUCAAGCGGAGUCUACUCCAAUUUGGAUGAGCUCUUUGUGUUUGAUCCUAAAGCUAUUCUGCCUUGCUUUGUUGUAGUUUACCGAAGUUGAUCUCCAUGUUACUCGAGAGAUGAAUCUGAUUUUGAUAUAGCAAAAGCUUUGUGUGGAUGAGAUGGAGGAAGCAACCAAGAGAAAGAGAACGAAAAUCACUCGAAUUCAAAAGUGUGUUCCCUCCAAGGGUCUUCUUAUUUGAAUCUUUCUCUUUACUCACUGAAGAACAAUGUGAUCCUAAAUCCAAAUAACAUCAAAUUCGACAACUUCUACCUCGGCCAGACGAAUUCAAAAAACUUGUAACAUUGACGCGAUAAGGAAGAUUCUAAAAACAUUUGUCUACGACAAGGGAUGGAGGAACUGCAAAAAGGAGUAAAGAAGUCAGGAGACAAGCUCCUGGGUUUGAUAGAAGCUGUAAGAUGCUUUGCCUCUCCAAGGCAAAGGAAUGGGCCAAGUGAAUAAAUAAAGCAAAGGUAGAAGAUUACAAACAAGGCAUGAACCAGAUUGAAGAUGAUGGUCCAAUUUUUAUUUUUAUUUUUAUUUUUAUUUUAAUUUAAUU